AUGCCCUUCUUCCCCAUUUUCCUGCCUGGCUCGGCCCCUGCCUUGCAUGACUUCCUGGACCUGCUGCCUCAGUCCUUCAUGCUGGCCUUCCCUGAGCCCGCCUGGUCCGGCUUCCACCUGGUUCCCUGCAACUCUCUGCCUCCAGCGGCCUCCAUCCUGACAGUCCGCUGGCGCCCCCCAGUGCUGCCCCACAGAACUUGCUCAGGACUCGUGAUGUGCCAGCAGUGCCUGGGCGUGGUCUUUGGGAAGAGGCUUCCUGCUUUCGCCACCAUCCCCGUCCACCAGCUGCAGCAUGAGAAGAAAUAUGACAUCUACUUUAUGGAUGGCAAAGUGUACACCUUGUACAGGCAGCUGCUGCAGCAUGAGUGCCCGCGGUGCCCCGAGCUGCCGCCCUUCAGCCUCUUCGGGGACCUGGAGCAGCACAUGCGGAAGCAGCACGAGCUCUUCUGCUGCCGGCUGUGCCUCCAGCACCUCCAGAUCUUCACAUACGAGCGCAAGUGGUACUCGCGCAAGGACCUGGCUCGGCACCGCAUGCAGGGGGACCCUGACGACACGUCGCACCGCGGACACCCGCUCUGCAAGUUCUGUGAUGAGCGCUACCUGGACAAUGAUGAGCUGCUCAAGCACCUGCGCCGCGACCACUACUUCUGCCACUUCUGCGACUCGGACGGGGCCCAGGACUACUAUAGUGACUACGCGUACUUGCGUGAGCACUUCCGGGAGAAGCACUUCCUGUGCGAGGAGGGCCGCUGCAGCACGGAGCAGUUCACCCAUGCCUUCCGCACGGAGAUCGAUCUCAAGGCCCACAGGAUGGCCUGUCAUAGCCGGAGCCGUGCCGAGGCCCGCCAGAACCGCCAGAUCGACCUGCAGUUCAGCUAUGCCCCAAGGCACUCCCACCGGAAUGAGGGGGUCGUCGGUGGCGAGGACUAUGAGGAGGUGGACAGGUAUAGCCGCCAGGGCCGAGGGGGCCGUGCCGGUGCACGUGGAGCCCAGCAGAGUCGCCGAGGAAGCUGGCGGUACAAAAGGGAAGAAGAGGACCGAGCAGUGGCAGCUGCCAUCCGGGCCUCCAUGGCCACACAGCAGCCGGUGGAGACGCCCAAGAGCAAGGACCGAGAGGAAGGCAGCAGGCCUGAGAAGGACGAGGCAGCGGCACAGGGGCCUGAGGAAUCCCGCGGCCUCCGGCGCCCAGCCUGGACUCUGGGUGAAGGCCCAGGCCCCAAGGAAACCUCCCCAGACAGUCCUGUGAGCCAGGAGGCCUUUCCAGCCACGGGCCCAGCAAUGGCUAACCAGCUCUGUCUCCCUGCACCCAGCACCCUCCCACCGCCCAGCCCAAAGCUCAAGGACGAAGACUUCCCCAGCCUCUCUGCCUGCACUUCCUCUUCCUGCUCCACUGUGGCAGCCCUGGGCCCUGUGGGGUUGGCACUGGUGUACUCCAUUCCCACCAGGGGUAGGAACGCCUUCCAAGAGGAGGACUUCCCUGCCCUGGUGUCCUCGGCAUCCAAGCCCAGCACUGCCCCCACCAGCCUCAUCUCUGCCUGGAACAGCAGCUGCAGCAAGAAGGUAGCACAACCUACCCUCGCGGCCCAGGCUGCCGGUGGGGGUGGCCAGCCUACCAGGAAGGCUGGGAAGGGGAACCGAGGCGGCAAGAAGGGCGGCCCACCCCCCGUGGAGGAGGAGGAGGGUGGCCUGGCCGCACACGAGCUGCGCCGCACACGCGCUACAGUCUCUGUCUCCUCCCUGCUGGGGCCGGCCUCCACCCAGACCUCCAAGGUUGGCAAGAAGAAGAAGGUGGGCUCCGAGAAGCCCAGCGUGGCGUCGCCCCAGCCACCACCCCCUAGCUGUCCCUCACAGCCCCAUGGCAUCGAACAGGUCCCUGAGGCUCCUGCCAGCAAGGCCGAAGGGCCAGUCGCUGUCAUCAUCAAUGGACACGCAGAGGGGGCAGCCCCCGCUCGGAGUGCCCCCAAGGAACCCCCCGGGCUCCCACGGCCCCUGGGGCCCCUCUCCUGCCCCACACCCCAGGAAGACUUCCCAGCGCUGGGCGGCCCCUGCCCACCCAGGAUGCCCCCUCCCCCAGGCUUCAACACUGUGGUGCUGCAGAAGGGCAUGCCACCCCCACCCCCGCCAGGUCUGGCGCCCCCUGUCAGCAAGCCGCCCCCUGGCUUCUCUGGCCUCCUGCCCAGCCCCCAUCCAGCCUGUGUCCCCAGCCCUGCUACCACCACGAAAGUGUAAGUACCCAGGCUGCCGGCCAUACCCCGGGCCUACCUGGUCCCUGAGAACUUCCGGGAGCGGAACCUGCAGCUCAUCCAGUCCAUCAAGGACUUUCUACAGAGCGACGAGGCCCACUUCAGCAAGUUCAAGAGCCACUCGGGGGAGUUCAGACAGGGCAUGAUCUCCGCGGCCCAGUAUUACAAGAGUUGUCGGGACCUGCUCGGGGAGAAGUUCCAGAAGAUAUUUAAUGAGCUGCUGGUGCUGCUGCCUGACACAGUCAAGCAGCAGGAGCUGCUGUCUGCACACAUGAACUUCUGCAGUCGCGAGAAGCCUCCUAGCACCAAGUCCAAGAAGAAUAAGAAGGGCGCGUGGCAGACUAACAGCCAGCUGGCAGGCCUGGACUGCUGCGUGUGCCCCACCUGCCAGCAGGUGCUUGCACAUGGUGAUGUCAGCAGCCACCAGGCGCUGCACACUGCCCAGGACGAUGACUUCCCCUCCCUGCAAGCCAUUGCCAGGAUCAUUACGUAGCUUCAGCCAGCACAGGCAUCCUUUCUCCUCCCUUCCCCCUCCAAGCUGCCAGGCAGCUAGGAGAGGCCCUGCUGAGGCCGCCUGCUCUGACCUCUGGUUGACCAAGUCCACCAGGGAGUCACUGAGAAAGAGGGGCACCUGCCCCAUCAGCACACUGUCACGCAGAAGUUCCAUGCUCUGCCCUAGUAGAGGGGUGGCCUUGGUCUAUUCUUGUGCUUUUGGAAGGUGCUAGGGAGGGAAAGGCUGGGACCUGUCUCUAGUCAAAGCCAGAGGUCACAGUGGCCAGAACUGGGCCCUUGUGAAUCUGCAGGCUGCAGCACCUGUGGCCCCAGAACUGAACACUGUGGGUCCACUGGUGCUGGAGCCAGAUGUCAAGUGUGUUGUAUAAACAGUUGGCUGUUUCAUGAUUCAAGAAUGUUCAGGAUUAAAAGCAGACACGAAAUUGUGCUACUUGAAGUUGAAUCUUUUUAUGAGACAAGCUGAAUCUGGGAUCUCAAGUUGCCUCUGAUCUUUUAUAAGACAGUUUAUCUUCAAAUAAAUUUAUUUUGCAAUACUGCA